CUCAGUAAAAGUAAAAAUGCAGGUACAGUAGGUCAUAAAUUAGUUGUUGUUCAGUCGGUCCCAAGCUGCCUGGUGCUGAGGGGCUGCGUGUUCAGCCAGCAUAACCAGCAUAAACACUUCAAAUAAGCAAAUAUAGCAUGUGUUCCAUUACUUUUAUUGUUCGAAUGAUUACUUGCUAAACUGUAACCCUACAUUUUCUUAACAUGUAGUGAAAUAACAUGGUGACAGCUGGCUGAAGAAGGAUCCAUCAGCCAGGUCUCUGUGCAAACAUUUCACUGGGUUAAAUUAUCCGGAUAAUCAGCUAUUGACAAGCACUUGGCACACGGUCAACUCUGAUCCCUAGAUAGAAGCAACACUAACUGACCUCUUUAGUGUGUGUUCUUAUAUUUGUGUUCUUAGCUUAGAUUUUGUCGUUUAAUUUAUUUUUUUGCAUUGUGGGCAUUUUGUUUUCUCAGAACUGUUUUUAGACUCUGACUGGUCAAAGUCGAAUGAAUCCUUCACUCAGACAGGAGAGGUUUUUCAUUUUCACCAGUGCAGCUGAUCACAGAUAUAAAUGUAGAGUUUAUAUGUUUGCUUACUGGCCCACAGGUGGGUGAUCACUACAAAUAGGUUGUUUACACGCAUCAUUCAAACCCAUAGAUCAUUAUUUUAAAGCUAAAACAAGAAAUAAAAAGAAAUAAAAAAUGUAGAAAUAAGGAGAUUAUAGACAUAAUAAAACUGUUUAAGUUUUGUCCUUGCUAUAAAGUUCUAGUGAAACAGCUUUAUCAUACUGUACGUCAUAACAUCAUGACCUAAAAUAUGAUAUUUUAUUGUAUACAGCACAUUAAAAUGGUGUAAAUGAUUUACAGUAUGUGGCCAUAGUGCAUACAGUAGAUGUGUGCAGCUACCGGCUUACCCAGAAAGCUACUGUCAGUUUAAUGAGAGAGGAUCAAUUAUGUCACAAUAGCCAGAGCUAAAAAAAGUUCCGCAGAGAAACAAGUAGAGCUGAUAAGCCCUUAAGGCCUUCACCUACACCUGCUAAUAUUAGUUCUAGAGGUCAUCAAUCCCUCACUGAUACUAAUUUUAGAAAAGAUUCAAAGUUUACAAAUGAAUGCUAAAGUUGUUGCUCAGUGUUACACCGCACUGGUAAUGUGUAAACUUUGUAAACAUAUUUCAACUUAGUAACAUCCCAUUAUAUUUAUUUGUACAUACAUUUUGUGAAACAAAUGCGCUUCACAUCGGCAUGAAUCAACCUGAUGAAUAUAGUAGUCAUUAAAUUAAAAUAGCACGCGUGGUGUUAAGGAUUUGUGUACAACCUGUUAAUGAGAUUGUUCAUUUUUGUGUUUGUUUGAGGACUCUUAUGGUUUAAUGACACUUGAACUUAGAGUAAAGACAUUAAAGAAUUGCUAAAAUCGCGUUACUGACUGGGUCACAGUUGCAUCACAAAGCUUUUUUUUUAGCUCUGUGCUCUGGGUCAGGCAAACUAAUGGAGCUGAUAAGCUCAGUGGGCCUUCACCUGCAGCCAGCAUUGUUAGUUUUACAGGUCAGUAAUCCUUUGCUGUUACUAAUUUUAAACAUGUUUCUAAUUUUAGCAAAUAUAUGCAAAAGUGUCAGCCCUUUGAAAUUCCCUCAUUGUGCAACAAUGGUUCCAAAUCACAAGGUUCAUGUUGACAUCUGUUUGGUUUGUUGGGACUUGGGUUACAUGCAACAUGAACGUAAUUAAGAAUUAACCAAACGUUUAUUUUAUUCUCUCUAUUCUAGCAGUAGUUAGCAGUUUUCUUGGCACUGACAGAUCACAGUGAAGAUCAUGAAAUCAGAUUUUUUUAUUAGUACAGAAACCACUAACUCUUGAUUUUAUCUGUGGUAAAUAAUUAAUCUGACUCAUCGAGAGACAGUAGAUGAGAUAAGAGUUUAUAUCAACUUCAUAAAACUAUUUAAAAUGUCUUUUUUUAAACUAGUAGACUUAGAAAUUCAUUGUAUUUCUUAAUUGAAUAAAAAUGUAAUUAUUAUGCUUAACAUGAAUCAUAGAGCUUCUGUCUGACUAACAGUGUUAGUUAAUGAUGUAUAUUCAGUUAUUUGUUGAAACAUGAACAUAAAACACAACUGUAAAACUAUUUAUGAAUCCAUCCAGGUGCUCUGUCAGUGUUAAUUUUCCUCAGCUACCUACUACAAUAAUUGUAAAAUAUUACACAUCCAGUUGUGGAGCUGUGCUUUGACCUCCACCUCCCUGAGUCUGUCUCUGACCCCGCGUGGGCCGAUGGGGUGAGGCUGGGAAGGCGUGGGCAUCCACGUCUGGUGGGUCCGGCCCACUUCACCCAAGCAUAAAAGCAGCUGUGGUUCAGUGGUGGUCACACUUGACUGACUCUGCACACACACAGGGUGGGCACACACUCGACACACACCUAGAAACACAUACAGAGAAGCUCAUUUACUGGAAGCCCUCGAGAUGCCCUGUGUCGUGUCUGAAUUCGACCAGAUGGUGAAGAUGCCUUCUGACUACGGCUCUGUGCUUGAUAGAGUCCUCAUGGUGGAGCAGAUCCUGUCAGAGUUCCAGCUGAAUAAGGAAGAUCUCACAGAAAUCAUGACUCGGAUGCAGUGUGAGAUGGGCAGAGGGCUCCGAGUGGAGACGCACGAGGAGGCCAGCGUCAAAAUGCUUCCAACCUACGUGUGCUCCACCCCAGAAGGCUCAGAGGUGGGCGAUUUCCUGGCGCUGGACCUGGGUGGGACAAACUUCCGUGUGAUGCUGGUGAAGGUGGGAGAAGACGAGGAGUGCACCUGGAAGGUGGAGACCAAGAACCAGAUGUACUCGAUUCCUGAAGAUGCCAUGACGGGAACCGCUGAGAUGCUGUUUGAUUACAUAGCCGAGUGCAUGUCAGACUUUUUGGACAAACAUCACAUCAAGCACAAGAAGCUUCCUCUGGGUUUCACCUUCUCGUUUCCUGUGAGACACGAGGACAUUGACAAAGGAAUCCUGCUAAACUGGACAAAAGGCUUCAAGGCGUCUGGGGCAGAAGGGAACAACGUGGUGGGUUUACUCAGAGACGCCAUCAAGAGACGAGGGGACUUAGAUAUGGACGUGGUUGCCAUGGUGAAUGACACCGUAGCCACCAUGAUUUCCUGCUAUUAUGAAGAUCGCAGCUGUGAAGUUGGGAUGAUCGUCGGCACGGGCUGCAACGCCUGCUACAUGGAGGAGAUGAGGACCGUGGAGCUGGUGGAGGGGGAGGAGGGACGCAUGUGCGUGAACACGGAGUGGGGGGCGUUCGGCGACAACGGGGAGCUGGAGGACUUCAGGCUGGAGUACGACCGCGUGGUGGACGAGUCGUCCAUCAACCCCGGCCACCAGCUAUAUGAGAAACUCAUCAGCGGGAAGUACAUGGGAGAGCUGGUCCGGCUCGUCCUGAUGAAGCUGGUGAACGAGGACCUGCUGUUCAACGGCGACGCCUCAGAGCUGCUGAAGACACGCGGCAGCUUUGAGACGCGCUACGUCUCACAGGUGGAGAGUGACACUGGAGACAGGAAACAAAUCUACAACAUCCUGUCGUCGCUGGGUGUCCUGCCCUCAGAGCUGGACUGCGACAUGGUGCGUCUGGUCUGUGAGACCGUCUCCACGCGCUCGGCUCACCUGUGCGGUGCAGGACUCGCCGCCAUCAUCAACCUAAUGCGCGAGCGGCGCAGCCAGGACGCCCUGAAGAUCACAGUGGGCGUGGACGGCUCUGUCUACAAACUGCACCCACACUUCUGCGACAGGUUCCACAAAACCGUCAGGGACCUCACGCCUCGCUGCAACAUCACCUUCAUCCGGUCGGAGGAGGGGAGCGGCCGGGGAGCGGCGCUCAUCUCAGCGGUGGCCUGCAAGAUGGCAGCAGGCAUGCUGACGCAGUGAGGGGGGCUUCAGUGGGGAACUGACCCAGACCCCCGACCCCGACCCCUGACCUCUGAACUCCGACCCCACCUGCCGCCCGCAGACCUGUAGCUCCGGCCUCUUUGUGCCUCUGAACUGGACACUCGCUGCUGGAGGAUGCAAACACAACAACCUGACAGGCAGUUUGUAAAAUAGACUGUAUUUUAUCGCACGUUCAGGGUUUCUAUACUUUGAGAAUCACUUUGUUGUUGCAACCACAACUUUAGGUGUCACAUAAGCUCAUUGAAGAUGGUGUAUUUAAUACGAGGACAAACUGGUUAAAGAAUCUCCUUUUUAUAAAUUCUGCCGUAAACUAUGACUACAUCAAUAUAUUGUUUUUUUGUCUAGUAGUUUGACUGUAUCGCACAAUGAAAUUUGUAUUUGAUAUUGUGUACAGUAUAUAUUUACUUUGUGUCUAGUGGGUUGUUGUUUUUCAAAUGUCAAGUUAAUUAUGCUAAGUGUAAAUAAAAUGUAAAUGAAAUUGA